AUGACCGAAUCGGCCGCCACAGGCACGGUUCCAGCCAAGAAUGCCAAGCAGAAAAACCGACCAUCUCCAGAGGAAAUCGAGGCCAAACGGCGAGAGCGUGCCGCCAAGAAGGACAAGGAAGCCGCCCAAAAGGCAGCCAAAGAAGCCGAGCUCGCUGCAGCCAUUGCCGCCAACGGCAAGAUCCCCAACGGACAUCUGGACGAGCAUGGAAACAUCCUCUUUGUUCCGCGUGAUUGGGCUUCCGUCAUCGAUUUGAAAUCACGACCAGACGGCAGAUCGAACCGGCAGAAAGUCCGUCUUGUCAGCUGGAACAUUCUUGCGCAAGGUCUAGUACGAAGAACGCUCUUCCCCGGAUCCGACUGCCUCAAGUUCAAGGACCGCUCCAUAGGGCUCACCGCCGAGCUCUCGAGUCGCACAGGCCACGGUUGGGAUGUGGGCUGCUUUCAAGAAGUGGACCGAAUGGACGUACACGGCGAGACCAUGACAAACGACGGCUUCAGCUACAUAUACGAGAAAGGAUACCGACAAAAGCAACACGGUCUGCUCGUGGCAUGGAGACGAGACUUGUUUGGUGAAAAGGCGCAUCGCCAGCUCACCAUCGACCUCGACGCAGAGAGCGUAGCUAGCACUAACGAGCCCGUCAGAACGGCAUGUUCCAGAGUCACACGCAACAUUGGGCUAUUUGUAGCACUUUGCACUGCGUCAGCUUCGAGUCCUGGACUGAUUGUGGCGACAACACACCUGUUCUGGCAUCCGAUGCACGCGUACGAGCGAGCACGUCAGUCUGGCAUUUUGGUGCGAAAGCUGCAAGAGUUUCGAAACGAGUUGGGCGAGCAGUGGAACGAGGCACCUUGCAUCUUGGCCGGAGACUUUAACGACCAGCCUCACUCUGCGACGUAUCGCCUUUUGACCGGUCGCAAGUUGACUCAGCAUUGUCUCGAUGAGGUAGUGUCCUCUAGUGUGGUGCACAAAAGCAUGGACGAACGAAAAGAGAAAGGUGGCGUAUCAAACGGCUUCGCAUCUGGUACGACCGAGCCAGCGCGCGAUGCUCCUGCCAAUAAGUCAAUUCCUGCGAUGAGCGAGGUUUUCGACCAUCUACAGAAGCAAGUCCAAGCGGACGACCAAGAGGUAGAGCAAGAAAAAGGUGCAGAGGAAGAUGAGGAGGAAGAUGAGGAGGAAGACGAGGCGGACGACCGCAUGCUCAAAAACUGCCGUGUUGCCACUGCAGAGGAUGCUCUCUUGUCGAUGGACGAACUGCUUCAACUUCACGACGUCGCUCGCCCUCGUCCAGGCCCGAUUCCAGCACAAGUCACCUCUAACACUGCACCGACGCAAGUUGCACUAUCCUCGCACCUCGGCUCUGUGUAUGGUCUGCACUACGGUAGUGUAAAAGACCCAUCCGAGCAGGGUAACUUUUUUGGCUCGCCCACUCGAGGCCGAGAACGAUGGGAUGAUACCGAAUGGACGCCCGACACGCCAAAUUGCCACACGGGUGACAGCACCGAGCCGAUGUGGACCAUCUUUUCGAGCCUCUUUUCUCUCACGCUCGACUACAUCUUUAUGCUGCCCAAAGACAAGCAGGGUGUACAGGCCUCACCAGCUCCGAUGGAAGCUUAUCCAACGGUGACACGGUUGCUUCGCACGCACCCAACAGACACGCUGCAACCCGGUGUGCCGAGAAAAGGGGUCUGCGCAUCGGAUCACAUUGCUAUCGGCGCCGAAAUCGAAUUGUAA